AUUGAAUCCCUCGAUUUUGCAUCCCCUUCUCCUGGGUUUGUUGAUCCAUCGAUCUCGACAUGGGGGAUUGGUUAGAGCUCUGCCAGGCCGUCAUCAUCGGCCUCGUCUUCUCCUUUCUAACCGCCAAGCUGAUCUCCGUCUUCAUCUCCUUCAAGGAGGGCAAUCUCAAGGUCCUCCGCGAGAGUGACCUGACGCCGGACUCCCUAGGUCGCCGCGAGGACGUCAGGGAAGGUGCCAGGGAGUUGGAGAAGGAAAAUGAGAGUUUUUUGGAGGAAGACAGUGACUGGGAAGGUAUUGAGUCCACGGAGUUGGAUGAUGCCUUCGCCGCCGCCACCGCUUUCGUGGCCGCGACAGCCGCUGACAAAGAUUCAGCAAAGGUGUCGAAUGAUGUGCAGUUGCAGUUGUAUGGGUUGUACAAGAUUGCGACUGAGGGGCCGUGCACUGUUCCGCAGCCUUCUGCUCUCAAACUGACUGCCCGUGCCAAAUGGAAUGCAUGGCAGAGAUUGGGUACUAUGCCUCCUGAAGAUGCUAUGCAGAAGUACAUCGUGAUAAUCAAUGAGUUGUAUCCUUCUUGGGCAGAUCACUCUACCAAACCACAGAAAGGGGAUGAUGAUGAGAGUAUGCCAUCUGGUUCCACUACAAAGGGGUCAAUGGGACCAGUUUUUAGUAGCUUUGUCCAUGAAGAAAUGUCAGAGGUGGAUUUGAAAUUGGAGGCUAUACAUGUAUUUGCUAGAGAAGGAAAACUUGGUGAGCUAUUAACACGUGUUGCAAAUGGUGCUUCAGUAAAUUCAAGAGACAGUGAAGGAAGGACUCCUUUGCAUUGGGCUGUAGAUCGUGGACAUAUAAAUGUUGUGCAAACACUUCUUGACAAGAAUGCAGAUGUGAAUGCUAAGAAAUUCCAACUUCCUACUCCGAGGCUUCUCAAUACUCGGCUUGGCGAACUGCAAUGGAUGAGGAUAUUGAAGGACAAACGCCGCUUCAUUAUGCUGCGUUGUGUGAUAGGGAAGAAAUUGGCAUGUUGCUCGUCCAACACAAGGCUGAUCCAUAUAUGAAGGAUAAUGAUGAUAGUUCACCACUUGAUCUUGCAACCCAAUGGGUUUUUAUGACGGGUUCAAGUUGAGCAUUUUUAUUUCACGAUCAUAGAAGAUUUUAAUACUUUUACAUUUAUAACCAACCUACCUUGUGGUAAAUGGGGUAGACCUCCAUAUAUUUAACUUGUAUGCUUGUUAUAGGUUCAAUGACGGGCUCCUAUUAUGUUGUUAUCUAUUUGGUUUUGAGAUUCUGUACAGGCAAGAUUUAAAUCUCACAUUAUCAUAGUUAGCUGUGCUACGGUCCUUGAUAAUAGGCCCGAAACUACAAUAUUUUACAAAACUGUAUUUUCCUAUUGUCCAAAUAACACAUCAUAUUUUGGUAUUUACCGA